AUGCAGGACGCACCACAACGAAGGACACAGGAGACCGAGAUGGCCAGUAUACCUACGGAAGGAAGGCCGGUUGUACCGGUAGAGGUUGAACAAGGGAUUACACCCUGUCCCCCCGCUGUUCUGAACAGUAUUGCCGCAGUGUCUCAGGCUUUUAUUCAAGCCAGAACGGAGUGGAGGUACAUGUACUGCUUGAGGGAAUGGUUCGCUUUCGUUCAGGAGAACACGCUUGUCUCUCCCCGGAAUGCCGCCGCUUUCAUGUGGGAAAGGGUCUUCGUCAAAACCAGCCACUCCUACAGAUCUACCAUCCUCACUGUCGAUCAACUCGAUGCCGAUGGCGAUGGCGAACGCAAACGAGCAUCCAAGAAGUAA